CCUCUAGCCAUCAUGCAGAUUCCCACCUUCACUCAGCUCGCCCUCGCAGGCCUUCUGGCCUCGUCCGCCGCCGCCUUCCAGGCGCCGCAGGGCCCGACCGCUGUGGCCUGCCGCUUUGCUGGUGCCCUUGCUGUACUUGCCGCCCCGGUUGUGGCUGGACCUAUCCCGGUUGUGACGGACUCGCUUGUCGUUCGUAAUGAGGACGAGGACAAGGAUGACGAUAAGAAGCCAGGCAAGCCCGAGAAGCCUGGAAAGCCGGAGAAGCCAGGCAAGCCGGAGAAGCCUGGCAAGCCCGAGAAGCCUGGCAAGCCUGAGAAGCCUGGCAAGCCUGAGAAACCCGGAAAGCCUGAGAAACCCGGAAAGCCUGAGAAACCCGGAAAGCCCGAGAAACCCGGAAAGCCCGAGAAACCCGGAAAGCCCGAGAAGCCUGGCAAGCCCGAGAAGCCUGGCAAGCCCGAGAAGCCUGGCAAGCCCGAGAAGCCUGGCAAGCCCGAGAAGCCUGGCAAGCCCGAGAAGCCUGGCAAGCCCGAGAAGCCUGGCAAGCCCGAGAAGCCUGGCAAGCCCGAGAAGCCUGGCAAGCCCGAGAAGCCUGGCAAGCCCGAGAAGCCAGUGCCCGACCCAAUUUUCACUAUCGGCCGCCGCGCUUGA